AUGGUACCACAUGACAAUAAAAGGUACGCCAUCUACAGUACUCUCUACUGUUGUCCUACUCUUAAGCUCUCUGAUUUGAUCGUCGAAGUUAUUCCGGGGACUCUAGUCCCACCUUCAUUCUUUCUUCGUAGGAUAUUCAGCUCGGCCUUCCCCUCUAAGCUCGAUGGCUCCCAACCAGCUCGGUUUGUAGCGGCUCAACUCGGACUGCGUUCUUGGCUUUCGCAUCAAUUGGCACUGUCUGUGGGAAACACGGGAGAGCUCUCCCCGUGGCGAGAGCAGCACCAGGUGCAGGACGAGCUGGACCUACUGUUGGACUCCGAGGCAGACAGAUGCGGUCAGAUGCAAGAUCUUUCCAAUGUUCCAGGAGAGAAAGGCACGUCAAUGGUUCCAGGGGUUUCCCCCAGGUCUAUCCGAUCCUUCGCCCAACUCGCACGACUGUUCUCAGCACAGUUCGUUUCGUCGCGAACCUUUUCCAAAAGCACUGCUCACCUAAUGACCAUCCAGCAGAAGCCUGAGGAGUCCUUGCGCGAGUACAUGGUGCAUUUCAAUAACGAGUCCCUCCAGGUCCCUGAUCGGGAUGACAAGGUGGUCAUGGCCGUCUUCAUUAACGGGUUGCGUAAACAGAAGAUCUACACCGAACACGUGGAAAGACCUCCCAAGUCAGUUUGGGAGAUGUUGGACCGAGCUCACGAGAAGGCCAACGCUGAGGAGGCCAAUCGUCUAAAGAGCGCGCAGGAGAGAUUAAGGGACGAUAAGCGCAGAAGAAGCACUGACCAGAUAGACGCGCGGCCCGGCCAGGGGCAGAAGAAUGCCUAUGACCGCCUGCCUAGGAGUCGGCCCCUGGGAGGAGACAAGUCAUGGACUGCCCUCACCGCACCUCGAGCUCGGGUCCUUGCUGUAAUGGAACAAGAGGGGCUCUCCCGACCUCCCCGACCCUUGGCCGGGGACAAGAGCAGACGGGACCAGGGUUUGUACUGUACGUACCACCGAGAUGUGGGACACGAUACGGAUGAUUGUCGUCACCUCAAGAAAGACAUCGAAAAACUGAUCAGACGAUGCCACAUCGGACAGUUCAUACGUGAUGAACGAACUGACUAA